ACGUGACCCGCCCGCGCGCCGCCGGCUCAAAUUGGGCGAGCCGUGAGUGUGUCCCGCAGCUCGGCAGAGGCGCGUCUGGACCCGGUCGUCGGUUUUGUGUUGUUUUGUGUUUGCUUUCUUCGGGACGUUGCGCUGAAAGCUCGUCAGGCUCUGCAAUGGGAAACCGGUUCAGCAGGAGGCGGGAGACCUCAGCCAACAGCUCUGACGCUGUUGCCACAGAACAGAGGGUGGCGGAGGAGCCUGCAGCCGACCAGCAGGCGGAGGCCCUGGUUGUACCACAGAACCGGGAGGCUGAUGACGAGGCAGCGCCACCCGCUGCUGCAGCCCAGGAGCCGGCGGCGGCGGCAUCGGAACCGGUCGAAGAAUCUGCGGAGCCUGAACCAGAGGCCCCUGUUGUCUUGGCCCCACCGGCCGCGGAACCAGAGACUGUAGCACUAGAAGAACCUGCACCAGCCCAACCUGAGCCUGAACCGGAGCCCCUGGUCUCAGUCUGUGAUCCUCCAGAACCGCAGCCCAUCUCCGCUCCAGAACCUGUCGUCGAGCCCAAACCCAUACCGGAACCCGAGCCUGUCGUGGAAUCGGCAUCUGCUUCUGAACCUGAGGUUGGUGCAGAACCGGAACCAACUCCAAACCUUAUCCCAGAUCCAGAGCCCGUGGCAGUCCCGGAACCGGAACCAUCCCCAGUUGAGGCUCUGAAACCUGAAGCAGAUCAGCUGACCCAGGCAUCUGUCCUUGAACCAGUCAUUUCCUCAGCCCCUUUGGCGGACCUGGGUGUCCCUGACCUCUCCUUGCAGUCUAUCGACACCAGGUCCUCAGAGGGCAGCGUUACUCACUCGGCCACUCCAGAUGAGUCCAGAGAAGCCCUUGGGGACGGGCAAGACCAGGACGGCAUUGAGGCUGCCGACCCAAGCAAGUUAGUGGAGCCUGUGAAGCCCGAGUGUGAUGGUCCAGGGGACGUGACGCAGCUUGUGUGUGACGUCAGCGACGAGGUCAGUGGACUUGUAAAGAAGUUGGCGCAGACAGGAAGUGAUCUUGUUAAUGACCUCAGUCCCGGCGAGGUCAAGACCUGUGAGGAGAUCCCUUCAGCAGAAAUGAACGCUUCAGCCGAGGCGAUGUGAAGGGAAUGUGAUAAACCACGGGAGUUGGAUGCACGACGGUGGAUGAGUGUGGAAAACCCUCUUAACCAAUGACCUAAAUUGCUAAACAACCAUGGACAAAAUGUAUUUGUCAUCUGAUGUGGCCUAAUAAAGGGAUAUUUAAUUGUUUUGAAAGUAUUAAAAAAAAUAUUUAUAUACACAGCAACACUCGAGUAUGCUGUAAAAUUGAAUUUUCCCUUUGUUUUUCUAUUCCAACAAACCAAUUUUCCCACGGGAUUUGAAUUGAACGUCGCUGCGGAAUUGUGCAAAAGUUUGGGAAAUUACACUGCAGCUUGACCGAGGCCCGCUACAGGCGUGACAGGCGGCUCUUAACAUUCAGAUGAUGCAACGACAGAAAAACCAAAAAAUUGAACGACACGGAAGAGACUUUAAAAAUGAUUUGGCAACAAUUUAGAAUAUUCUGGAACAUUUGGUUUCUUUGGAAAACUGUAGCAGCAAUAUCCGUAUUUCAUAACGAGACUUGUAGGAGCAGUUUGCAGCCGCUAGGGGGCAGUCCCCGAGACUGCAGAGAAAACGUAUGGGUUACUCUCAAUCACGUGACGUUUCCAUUGACACCGCGGCUCCGCCAUGUUGGAGGACAACUCGACGCGAGCGACCCCGGCUCACGCGGAAGGGCUCGUGGUCGAGCUGCGUUCACAAGAACGACGACGGAAGUACAGAGCCGCUGUCCUCCAACAUGGCGGAUGCGCUGCCGUCACGUGACAUAACUAGCCCAUUGGCCAGCUGAGGCCUUGGCCUUCACAAGUCAACAGGAAAUGCUUCAAACGUUCUCCAGGAUAAAGGGAGCGAGGGGUUCGCUGUAAAACGGAGGAAGAAAAGGUGCAGAACGACUCGUGUUUGUCUUGUACAGCUAGAUGCUAAACGAGGAGGAGGAGGAGGUGAUUAAGGUGUUGGGGGGGAGGGGGAGGAGGGGGGGUGAUGAAUUAACUGAAUGCCUUCUGUGACCACAGGGAUGCUUGGUGAUGGUAGAGGCGCGAAGGUCGACACGACCCCAGCGCCUCCCUGAGAGGAGCCCGGCUCGGGGGUCUGGUGGAGCGGGUUUAGACCAGACGCUCUCCACGGAGCUCACAUCAUGACACGCGGCGGUGUUUAACUUGUUCAGUAUGCUGUGAUUCACUUUUAAUAUCGGUCUUUUUAACUCUGCAAAACGGUUUGUCUUUGUGGUGG